GCGACCACAUUACAGUACUGGGCAACUAUGAAGCUACAUUAACAUUUGAUACCCAAAUCAGUUUGUACACCUAAGAGACAUUUUACUGAGUGCCAGCAUUCACUAACCUCCUCUCAGAGAACAAACAGCACAACUGAGAAGAAGAAAGGAUCCAUGAAAGGCACUCAUGGUGUAAGCUCCGAGGAUGCCUUACCACUGCGUGGCUUAUGGAUGUGGAAAAACUACCGAAGAUGGCGUAACCCUGUUUAAAUUCCCUAAGGACCCUGAAGAGUUUCGGAAAUGGGAGAAGCAGGUCCAGCGCACCCGCAUGCAGUGGGUUGCCACACCCAAUUCUUACCUUUGCAAUGAGCAUUUUGGCAAGGAGUACUUUGAACCCAGACUGGCAGCGGGGCCUCUGAAGCUGAGGCUGGGAGCUGCUCCUACAGUGUUUGUCCGUCCGCACUGUCCUUCCUGCAAUGGCGUGGGCUGCAGUAGCUGCCUGCCUUCUAUCCAACACAGGACCAUUACAGCUGAACCAAGAGAGCAAACCAUUAGUGCUGGAUACAAUGAAGUGGCACCCAUAGAGCGUGAAGAUACUAAUGAAAGAGGUAAAGAACGACAUCUGACAGGAGGGUUAAAGGCGCUAAACGAGCGACCAGUGGUUUGUGAGAUGUGUGGAACAACCGGGAAUAUCAACAACUUCUAUUCAAAGACUAAGCGCUUCUGCAGUACAUCCUGCUCUCGUUCCUAUUCAUCAAACUCUAAGAAGUCAUCCAUUCUAGCACGUCUGCAGGGAAAGCCCCCAACGAAAAAAGCUACUGUGCUGAAUAAAGUGAACAAAGCUCCUCCAGCAGCCACCGGAGUUGAUGCUGCUGUUGCUUCUUUCGACUGGACCGCAUACUUGGAGAGAGAAACGUCUCUGGCUGCAUCUGUCUCCUGCUUCAGACACGCUCCCCUGUGUGCCCAGUGGGAUGACAUCACCGUGGGGAUGAAAGUGGAGGUGCUGAACACGAAUGCCAUCCUCCCCAGUAAAGUCUACUGGAUUGCUACAGUUAUCCAGAUUGCAGGAUACAAAGCCCUGUUGAGAUACGAAGGCUUUGAGCAUGACAGUAGCCAUGAUUUCUGGUGCAGCCUCGUUUCAGGAGAGCUUAACCCGGUCGGAUGGUGCGCAAUGACCAGCAAGCUGCUGGUACCCCCACAAGAUCUGAAGCAGGACAUCCCAGACUGGAAGGAGUAUCUGAUGAAGAGGUUGGUGGGGGCCCACACCCUGCCUGUUGAUUUCUACCUGAAGCUUGCAGAAAGCAUGAAGAACUCUUUCAGGAUGGGCAUGCGCGUGGAGGUGGUGGACUCCAAAUACGUGAGCCGGACACGCGUGGCCAUCGUGGACUCCAACAUCGGGGGCCGUGUACGCCUGGUGUACGCGGACCAAAGUGACACCCCUGAGAACAUCAUCUCAGAUUUCUGGUGUCACAUAUGGAGUCCCCUCCUGCAUCCGAUAGGCUGGUCCAAAAAAGUGGGUCAUGACAUCAAAGCGCCCGCAAACAAUCUGGAGUCUUCCAGUGGUCUGAGGGGCAAUUCUGACAGUACGUUCAUGCUCUUUAAAAAGCCGAGGUUCACCUACAUGGAGGGAACUUUCUUCGAAGAAGGAAUGAAGCUGGAGGCCAUUGACCCGCUCAACUUGGGAAGUAUCUGUGUGGCCACAGUACACAAGGUGCUGUUUGAUGGGUACCUGAUGGUGGGCAUUGAUGGCACCAUAUCAAACAAUGGCUCAGACUGGUUUUGUUACCAUGCUUCCUCUCACGCCAUUCUUCCAAUUAACUUCUGUAAAAAGAACAAUAUUCCUCUCACUGUACCUCCAGGUUAUGAUGCUCAGACCUUCACCUGGGAAAAGUACCUGGAGGAGACCAAAGCAAAAGCUGCGCCUGUGAGACUGUUCAAUGCUGACUACCCAGGUCACGGCUUCUCCCCCAACAUGAAGCUGGAGGCCGUGGACCUGAUGGAGCCACGGCUCGUGUGCGUGGCCACCGUGAAGCGCUGUGUCGGCCGCCUUCUCCUCAUCCACUUUGACGGCUGGGAGGAUGAGUUUGACCAGUGGGUUGACCACCAGUCUCCAGACAUCUACCCAGUUGGCUGGUGUGAGCUCAUGGGCUACCAGCUCCAGUCACCUCCUGGAGUCGCUGACUUAAUUGAAAAGCAGCUGGUGCGGAACAAGAAAUGCCGGCGCUUUUCUUUCGGGAGAAAGAAAAAGAAGCACACAAAAAAGAGGCUUUCUCAGGACCAAGCUCAAGACGGUGCUGAUCAACACACCGAAAGUCCUCAAAGCACUCCUCCAAAAGUGCCACUCAUCCAGCCCAAGACUGAGCCAGAGGAGCAGGAGAUCGUUGCAGUGAAGGUGAAAGUGGAGGAAAUGGAAACGGAGACCCCCAUUAGGCCACCAGACAACUUUCAGCAAGACUCUGUGUGCAUAAUCAAACAAGAAGAGGGAGGGCAAAGCAGCUUGGAUAAUGUAGAACAGGAGAAGACGGAGCAAAGUAAAACUAAAGACGUGGCCGAAGACGAUGCAUCACUUGAAGACCGGUGUACCGGUGAUAGCAACACUGAUCAGAGUGAAAAUGAAAGAAUGGACAAAGAGGAGUUGAGCCAAGAAGACGACAGUACCAUGGAUGAAUCAUAGAGAAUAAAAGAACCAAUAUAGCUGAAUCCCUCCAAUGAAAAAAGAAUUAAACAAGUAAAUAAAAAGACUUCAAAAAGAUUUUGACUCUGAAAGUCUUCC